CUGCCGGAGGAAAUUUCUCGUCUGACCAUGGCUGGGAUCUCCCACUGGCAGAGACUGGACUCUAGGAAGGACUCUGUGAUCCAAGUGAAAAGAUAGGAAGUCUGUAAUUCCUAUACAGCACUAAAUCGCCUGUACUAAAAUUCCUCCAGGCACAUAGUCGGACAGCCCAGGCGUCCCUGGAGUCAGCGAGGACCCUGCCAGCAGGUCCGGGGGCGGGACCAGUAUUAGUCUCUCCGGCCGCUGGUCUGUUGAGGGCUCUACCGCUUCCCCGCCAUCAACUUCAGUUGGCUGCCUCUCCAGUUUCCAGCAUGCCCGGUCCGACGCCCAGUGGCACCAACGUGGGCUCCUCAGGACGCUCUCCCAGCAAAGCAGUGGCCGCCCGGGCGGCAGGAUCCACGGUCCGGCAGAGGAAAAAUGCCAGCUGUGGAACAAGGAGCGCAGGUCGUACAACCUCAGCAGGCACUGGGGGGAUGUGGCGAUUCUACACAGAAGAUUCACCAGGGCUCAAAGUUGGCCCUGUUCCAGUAUUGGUUAUGAGUCUUCUGUUCAUCGCUUCUGUAUUUAUGUUGCACAUUUGGGGCAAGUACACUCGUUCAUAGAUUCGGCUACAUCCAUCUGUCUGUCAUCUGAAGAAGGAAGGGAAAAAACCCAACAUAUCUUGGACCAAAAACAUAGUGAUUUUCUGUUUAUGAGAAAAAUUUUCUGUAAGCUUCCUGUUUUACAGGGAACUUAAUAAGAACUGAUUUUAAGGAAUCAGUUUUUUUUCUAUGGCUAAUAAACUUUUUAAUUCAUUUA